AUGCAAACUAGUAACACCACAAAUGAUAUUGAUACUAUAAUCACUACUAUGAAGAGACUCUCAACAAUUCCAAAUGAUAAAUUACUUGAUAAUCUUCCUUAUAACUUUGCAAAUCAAAUAGAAAUGAUUAUAGUAAAUGAAGUUGAACAUGAUGAGUUGGAUGAAGUUAUUUGUAAAUUAAAUCAAAUUGCUGAUAAAAUAAGCAAUGGAAAAAUCCUACUUCCUAUUAUUCAAAAUUUUUCAUUAAUUAAAAACCAACAAAUGAGACCAUUAACUAGUGUUGAAAUUACUGUAUUUCAUUAUCAAUUAUUAGAACCAUUCAACACAAUAAUUAAUCCUAAUGACUUGAUUAACGCAAUUUAUUGUGUUCCAAGAACAAAUAAUUGUUUAUUAAGAGCAUUCUUUUAUUGGAGUGGAUGUUAUUUUCUCAGACUGAACCUAAUGAAGAAAGCAGAAUUUAUGUUUAGACAAUGUUGUGAAGUACCAAUAAUGAAAAAAACAGCAAGUAAUUUUGGAAUUGAAGCAGCAAAAAAGCUUAUUUUAUUAACAGCUGCUCAUUUUGAGCAAUACAUAAUUCCUUUUCCUUAUUCUCUUUUUAUUCCAAAAUCCUACAAAGAGAUAGCAGCAUUUUGUAGUAAGUACGAGCUUAAAAGUAUUCUUCAAUCUUCUUUUGAUAAAAUUUUUGAAAAAGAUGGAAACAAUGGUAUUGUUGAAUACUUAUAUCAACAAUGCCAAAUCAAAGUAAUUGAACGUAUAGCAAAGGCAUAUUCUACAAUUUUAAUUGACGACAUUAUUAUGAAAAUAAAGAUAGAACGAAAUGAAUUGAUUAAAUGCAUUGAACACCAAAAUAAAUUAGGUAAAGAUUGGGUAAUUAUUGGUGAUACAAUCUUGUUUGGGAAUAAUCAUCUCAUCAAUCCAUUACAAAACGAAUUUUCUUUACUUCAAAUGACUGAAAUAACACUACAACAAGCUAAUGACUUUAUGAAUCUUAAGAAAAAAACAAAAAAAGUCAAUCUAAAAUGA